ACGAGAUGUCGACGUACAAACUUCCUAAAUAUAAGUAUGUUGCUGAAAUAGGUCACAACAUUGAUUAAAGAUUAUGUAUAAAUAAAUAUUGGGAAACGUAAACUUGCUGAUAAUUUUUGUGUAAGUUCAAAGUGCGUUUAACUGUUCUAACCUCUAAGUAAUUUUAUUCAGAACGUUUGUGUUUUAACCUAAAAGACGAUUUAGAAUUUUAUUUAUUUUCAAUGUAUAAACCAAGAUUUUUAACACGAAAUAUAUUUUCAGGCGUGGGAAAUUUGAAUGUUUUCUCGCAAAACAUUUCCAAUGAAGUGCAUCCAUUAAAAAUCGAGAAAGCCCUGAUAGUCUCCAAAUUAUCCAGAUAUGAAUCCGAGAAACGAAUCUACAGCAAUUGCAGCGAACACGAGUUAGAGAAGAUACUGCGAAAAAGGGGCACGAAUUACGAGAAACUCGUAUCUUUCCACGAGCUACACAGAAACUUCGAAAACAACCUAACUGAAACCCUGAAUCGAUUCGGCACUGAAGUGGAAGUUGUAAAUAGAUACAAUUUAACAGAAGAGAAAGUAGAUGAUGCGGAUAUCAUAAUCCCCAUCGGAGGUGAUGGCACCUAUCUUUUAGCUUCCAGCAGGGUCCGGAAUAAUAAAAAACCAGUAAUCGGUUUCAACUCAGAUCCCAGUAGAUCAGAAGGAUGUCUGUGCUUACCCAGCUGGUGUUCUUUAGAUAUCAAAAAAAGCCUCGAAAAGUUACAACGGGGCCAGUUUAAAUGGCUCAUGCGCAAUAGAAUAAGAACAACUAUAGAGAACAACGAAGGGGACAUGUUGAAUCCCAAAUGCUUGCACGACAUCAAAGGGUACUCCUUGCCCACGUUUCAAACCGGAGAGAAAAACGUAUUGCCAGUUCUAGCCCUUAAUGAGGUGUUUAUGGGCGAGACAUUGUCAGCACGAGUGUCGCAUCUGCAGCUGAGAUUGAACGGAUCGCAGGACAAAACGGAUUUGAAGUGCUCGGGGAUAUGCGUUUGCACGGGCACCGGUUCCACGUCGUGGCACUUAAGUAUUAACAGGCUGUCCACUCAAUGCAUCGCGGAGCUGCUGAGGCUAAUCGACUUGGACUCGUCGGAGGAGAAGGACGGCUUGGCGAAAUCCUUGUCCGAUUUGUACAACCGGAAUCUCAUGUUCGCGCCCGAGGACAAGAGAAUGGGUUACACGAUUCGAGAUUUGAUAUCGUCGGGCGUUUGGCCGAAUCCCAAGGGAAUCAAGCCGAGGGGAUUCGCGACGGGCGUUGAGGUGCAGUCCCAUUGCUUCGAGGCUAUGCUGGUGGUGGAUGGUGGCGUGUCGUUUCCCUUCAACGAUGGGGCAAUCGCGAAACUGGAAAUCCGGCCGGAGGACGCACUGAGAACCGUAGUUUUUAAGGAAUAAAACCUAAUUUUUAACCCAAGUUUACUUGAAGAUGUUUUAAAUAUUCUAAAAUUUACAAACGAUGCAUUUUGACUACCAAAGAAAUCGACAUGCUGUCCCCCAUUUGUGAUAUCUGUAAUCUUUUCACUUGUUGAUAACGCUGAGAUUGUAAUGUAAGAUUCACUUAAAUUUUAUUUACGUUUUUGAUACAAGUAUGUACUCUCCAAAUUCGAAAAACUAUUAGUAUUAUUUGCGGAAAAAUAUUUUUAACUGUACCUAAUAUUAAGGGACAACUAUAAACUGCUCUAAGGUGAUUUUAUUAGUUUAAGUUCCAUUUUAAAUAAAAUAUUUAAUUUAACGCGGGUUUUAUAUGGAAAAAUUAGCAUUCGCUACAAUUCCAGUUUUCCUAAACUACCAAUUAAGUUGAUGCUGGGCAGAGCUUCUGUGAUUAUACCUGUUCCCACGGUGACAUUGUUUUCUCGAAUUGUGAACUGCUGGCCCGGCAACAUAACCAUCUUCUUUAACAAUGUUAACGAAACAGAUCCAUGUUCACCAGGCAUUAUCAUAUCCACGUUAUCCACUGAAAUAUAUACAGGGUGUAAAUUA